CAGACAGACAGUGGGCAGGCAGCUUUGCAAUGCCGAAAGUCAAUCUUGAUCAUGUACAAAAGUCGUCGCCCCAGCGCCAGAAGAAAUUGCCGCCCGGCACUUGACCCGAGUCUCUUUGUAUAAAAACGACGUGUUGCCUAAUAAUCGCUUCGCCGCCAAUGCGCGUGCGUGACACGCUCGCCAUGAAAGGGCCAGACUCCACUCGAUCCUUCCCAGCACCACCCGCUUCAUGAAAAACCCCAAGCGCCCUCGACGCGUCUCAAGUCACUCAACAAUUCUCUGUCGAAGGCGUCGUGGGGACACUCAGUGGACUCAAGCGAGUCGCGUUCAAGCCAAGUCCAACCCUCCAGCCAGUCCAGGAUGGAGCGUGAGCCCACGUUCAUGGAGAAUGUGCUUCGUCUCAAGCCCUUGAGUGUCAUCCACGCCGAAGAGACAGCCGAGCAGCUUCCACGCCACUUGUCCCUGUUUGAUCUCCUUUGCAUUGGCAUUGGAAGCACAGUGGGCAGCGGAAUCUUCUCCACUGCCGGCGAGAUCAUCAGCAGCACAGCAGGCCCAGCAGCGUUCAUUAGCUGGAUCAUCGCCGGUGUGGUGUGCUGCAUCAAUGCACUCGCCUUCAUGGAGCUGGUGACGCGCAUCCCGUCGUCAGGAAGUACUUACGCCUACUCGUUCCACGCUCUCGGUGAACUACCGGCAGUGAUUGCUGCGUGGCUGCUAACGCUCGAGUACGGCAUCUCCGGUUCGGGUGUGGCCCGAAGCUGGGCCACCAAGGUGCAGGAAUGGCUGGUGGAGGAGCACCCGGAGCACUCCUAUCAAUGGCUUAACGAGGACUACACGAAUCUACUCGGUGCUGUGUUGAUGGCGCUCUGUGUGUGCGUUCUGCUUGUGGGUCUACGCUUCGGGAAGUGGUUCGUCAACACCAUUACCACUAUCAAGGUGGCCGUGGUGCUCUUCAUCAUCAUCGCCGGCUUCUGUCUAACAGAUUCCAGUAACCUUUCACCCUUCGUCCCUCCACGUCAAGAGGUGGACGGCUCGAUGGCGUUCGGCGUUCAGGGUGUUAUCACUGGUGCGUCGUCGGCCUUCUUCGGAUACGCCGGCUUCGACGAGGUGUGCUGUCUCGCUGCUGAGGCUAGAAACCCCAAGAAGAUCAUGCCGUUAGCUGUGAUUGGCGUGGUGACAGGCACCAUGUUCCUAUCGGCUUUUGCGUCGUUGGCGCUGUCCGGUAUGAUCCCGUAUCUGGACGCGGCCAGCUUUGGCUCGGGAUUUCAAUACCAGGGUCAACACUGGGCCGCUCAGAUCGUGCGUGCUGGUGAAACGUGUACUAUGCCCGUGGUGGUGCUUGUGUGCUUUCUUGCCCAGCCACGUCUGAACUACGCGUUGUCCUGUGAUGGUCUAAUGCCGCGCAUUUUCUCCAAGGUGGACGAGAAGGGCAACUUGUUCGAGAACACGCUCAUCUCGGGCGCUUUCUUCACUGCUGUGGCCUUCGUGGUGCCGUUUGAUACGCUCUGGGACAUCGUGAGCUUCGGAAUGCUGCUCUCCUUCAACAUGUCCAUGGCGUCGCUGCUUAUGGUGCGAAUGCGCGAGGACUCACCCAGAUUGGCGCCCAGACUCAUUACCGUCAUGGUGGCGUCCGCUUGUUUAGCGGCCUUCUUGUAUCAAAUCGGCUAUUCGAACGAGGGCCACGUGUGGUGUAUCGUUUUGAGUAUUAUCUUCCUCGUGGUCACGAUCGCCUCGUGCUUGGCGAUGUAUUUCAAGUGCCCGCAGGCGCUGCAGAACGGUGACAACUUCACGGCUCCUCUUGUGCCGUUCCUUCCUACCGUUGCAGUGCUGGCAAACUUCUACUUGGCUGCUCAACUCAGCUACACGGGCAUCUACACGAGCUUCGCGUGGCUGGCAGCUAGCGUGGUUUUCUACUUCUGCUACGGCUACAAACACUCCGCUGGUCGUACCGGAUGGAGUGCAUUAAUGAGCCUACCGCGCGAAUCCUCGCUGCGUUCGCCUAUGAUUUCUCCCAACAAGAAGCAGCUCCAAGAGUAGAUCCAUUAAAGAGAAAUACACAUAUACUACCACACAUAGGUUAACACUA